CAUACGGUUCCACACCCCAAGUGUUUCACUGACACAUAUAUACAUACAUACAGCCGUUUACAUACUCUGAAUCUGGCGAGUGUUGCAGAGUCCGUCCCACACUUACUCUCUCUCUCUUUGGUCUGUCCCUCUCUCUCUCUCUCUCUCUCUCUCUCUCUCUCUCGCACACACACACACACCUGUUGUGGCCCACCAUCAUCAUGUCGGUCGCGUUUGAGGUCGAGUCCAUGUUGGCUCUCUUCGGCUCACAGACAGGAAAACUGGUGCAUCUGCUGGUUCAGUUUGUCAACAAUUCGGACAGAUACCUCGCUGAUUGCGAGACUAGCAUCGCGGUAGAUACACCCGAGGCGCUCAAAGCCUUUCGUGCGGCGGCGCAUACACUCAAGGGAUCAGCUGGGACUGUUAAGGCUACUCGCCUCUAUCCGCUUGUUCUGUGUCUGUCGGAUGUUGCAAAGCACUCGCCAUUCCCUCAGCCGCCGGUUGUGGUGGAGCUCCUCCGCCAAGCCCGCGCCGAGCAUCAUCGCCUCAAGGCCUACGCUGCCUGCCUGGAAGCUGCAUCAUCUCCGGACUUUGACGCUUCCAACGAGGCUGCCAAGGCGGCGACGCUGUUGGCCCCGGUUUCUAGUGCUGCUAUGGCUCGCCCGAGCAAGACCAAGGCCAAGCUCAACGAGCUCAUCACUGUUCUCGAGGGGACCAAGGAGGUCGGUGACGUCAUUAAUGUCGUCGAACGCAUCGGUCGCGAGCUCGACGCUCCGUUCAUCACCGUCAUUCCCGAGGCCUACCGCUCGAUCACGAGCAUGGCUAUGGAAAAGUCGCGCAUGGCCUUUGACACCAUGCACCGCGGCUUGCUCGACGAGGCUGCCGCCGCCCUCGAGUACAUCGACGCUGGCGGCUUUGGCGUAGGCACGUCGACCGCCCACAGUGCUUCGUCGUCGACCUCGUCGGACUCGCCCUCGUACUCGUACUCGUACUCGUACUCGUCCGACGCGCGGGCCAAGGCCAAAGCCCGCAAAAAGGCAAAGGAAAAGGCCAAGGCCAAGGAGAAGGCCAAGAAAGCGGCAAAGGACAAGGCAAAGGCAAAGGCAAAGGCAGAAGCCAAGAGCAAGGCCAAGAGCAAGGCCAAGAGCAAGGCCAAGAGCAAGGCAAAGUCAAAGGACAAGGCCAGGGCCAAGGACAAGACAAAGAGCAAGGGUCGCGAUGCGCCUGAUGGAGUCGCUGGCGCCAGUACUGGUACAACUGCUAGUGCUGUCGACUCGGCGGAACUCGACUACGACGAGGUUGUGGCGCGGUUUGGCGGCUCGGCCGAGUUUGCCAACGAACUGCUUGGAGAGUGGAUCAAGUCACAUGCCAGCGGCAUCAGCGGCCUCGCUGAGGCUCUAGCCAGCGACGAUGUGGCCGCCAUCAAGAGCAUCGCGAUUGCCAUCGAGGGCGAGGUCUCGAUGCUCUCAAUGCCGGUUCUGGCCAAGGCGGCGCAGACCGUGAGGAAUGCGUGCGAGUCAGGCGAGAUUGAUGCCAUCCGCCGGUGCUGCAACGAUUUCAAUGAGACCUUUACUGCAGUCGCUGCCGCCCUUGCCGCGCGCGGUAUCACUCCUUGAGCCGCGUCGGCGGCGCAUCGCGAUCGCAGGUGCCGUGACCGGUAUCCGCCGAGUGCUCGUCGUCAUCGUCGUCCAGGUCCGACGUCGACUCGGAGUGCCACCAGGCGUCUGGUUCACCGUCUGCCUUGCCACUGGCACCGCCGUCUGCGUCGCUCAUGUGCUCCACGGGCGCAUGGUUGUGGCGGCGGAUGCGUCGCCGCGGCGCGCUGUGCGAUUGGUGCUUGCGCCGAUGCCGUCGCCGCCGCCGCCGGUGAUGCCGGGUGUGAACCGCGUCGUGGCUCUGCUCGCCGUCAAACACGUCAUCGACACUCGUCACUGCCGCCCACUUGGCCCGAAGCGCGGUAAAAUCCACAGACCGUG